CCAAAACCGUCAAUUCCAAUUGCAAAGAAACAGAUUUCCCAAUCAAAUAUUAUUCUCACUCAACAAUGUCGCUGGUUCCAUCGAUCUUCGGGCGCCGAUCCAACGUGUUCGACCCGUUCUCACUGGAGGUUUGGGAUCCAUUCGAGGGCUUCCCCAUUUCUUUCCCUCAACGCUCCGAUUUCCUUUCCACCGAGACUUCGUCCGUCGCGCACACGAAGGUGGACUGGAAGGAGACCCCGACGGCGCACGUCUUCAAGGCGGACGUGCCGGGGUUGAAGAAGGAGGAGGUGAAGGUGGAGGUGGAGGACGGCCGGGUGCUCCAGAUCAGCGGCGAGCGGAGCCACAAGCGCGAGGAGAAGACUGACACCUGGCACCGCGUGGAGCGCAGCAGUGGAAAGUUCUCGAGGAGGUUCAGGCUGCCGGAGAACGCCAAGUUGGAGGAGGUCAAGGCUGCCAUGGAGGACGGGGUGCUCACCGUGACCGUGCCCAAGGUGGAGGCCAAGAAUCCUGAUGUGAGGUCAAUUCACAUAUCUGGCUAGACUAUUGUGUGCUGCCGAGUACGGUGGUUAGGGUUUGGGUUAUGGCAAAUAUCGUUUGGUGUGGUGGGGGUUUAGGCAAUCGUUUUCUGUGUUGUGAAAAUCGAAGCCUAGUUUGUGAUGUAAAUUUUCUUCUAUCAUAUGAAUGCGUAUGCUUUUGUUGUGUUCGAA